AUGGAUCGCUUGUCGCGGCCGGCGAGCCCGGGCGGCGGCGGGCUGGGGUACGCGUCGCGGCGGGGCCUCUACGUGCAGGCGGCGUCGCAUCACCACCAGGCCGGCGGCGGCAGCGCGCAGACAUCGCCCGGCGGAUCCCCGAAGGAGCUGUCCCCAGUCCACCGCCACGCGCGGGCAGGGGCACUCGGCGGCGCCGGCGCGGCCUCCACCGCGGGCCGCCGCGCGGGGGUCGGCCCCGGCGCCGGCGCCCGCGCGCAGAACAGCGCCGCGCGCGCCGCCGCGCAGCGCCUCGCGCGGGUCAUGGGCGGCGGCGCGGGCGGGGACGCCGGCAGCGGGAGCGACGACGACGACGACUACGAGCUUUCUGGUCCCCCCAUCGAGCUCUCCAACACCCCGCGCCGCACCUCCACCCGAUCCCCUUCCCCCUCGAUAGGCCGUUACCUUGCGGAUCAGACGCAGGUGGGCCGGCCGCCGUCGCUGACCAACCGCUACACGGCUGGGAAGUCGGUCCCCAUGAUCCCGUCGAUCAAGCGGCCGGCGACCAGCGGUGCGGGGGCCGGGGCUGGUUCAGAGUCGCCCAUGCCGAACCGAAGGGAGCAGAGGAGAUCAGUUGAUCUUGGAAGCUCAUUGAGAGCUCGUCGUACAUCUUCUUCUCUUAAUGAUGAGAUUAACACACUUCAAGUGGAAAAUGAAAGCAUGUAUGACAAAUUUAACAUGUUGGAAGCAAUCAACCUUGUUUUUAUCUUACCUGCAUCUUCCCAUCUUCAGCUUGCAGAAGAAAGGUCUGAUGAUGGAGAUGCCAAAUCCAUGCACAUGGAGAGAGAGGAUUCUGAUAUUGGUGAUGCAGUAGAAACAGAGCCAAUUUUGAUUAGCAGGAAAGACGCAGCACUAGAACAAAGAAAGAUUGCUAUGCGAAUUGCUUCGCGAAGGUCCAGCAGUGCAAGCUGUAAUGAGAUUGCAACCCUUAAGUCAGAAGCAAAGGAGGAGGUGGUGCUAAAGAGAUGUUGGCUGGCCCGCUAUUGGACAUUAUGUUCUAAACUUGGGAUACAUUCUGAUAUUGCUGAAGAAAAAAAAGAAUACUGGUCCUCAUUUGCACCGCGUGCACUUGAAGCAGUCCUAUCAAUUGGGCAAAAGGCAAGAGAUGGAACUUUAUCAGAUAAUGCUGACAUGGAGAGCAGAAGCAAAAUGUCUGAUGUAAACGAUAUAUCUAGUGAUGGCAAUAUUGAGACCAUGCUUUCAGUUGAGAAAGGAUUGCGUGAAUUGGCUUCACUCAAGGUAGAGGAUGCAAUCAUGCUUACUUUGGCUGAAAAUCGACAUAUCAAACCUCUCUCAGGCCAAGCAUCUGAGGGUCGGAGCCCUUCUGAGUCAUUAGAGUUAAGUGCGGAAGAGCGAGAAGAUGUACGCUUCAAGCAGGCAUGGUUGACCUAUUUCUGGAGGCGGGCCAAAAAUCACAACGUAGAAGAAGAUAUAGCUGAUGAGCGACUACAUUUUUGGAUAGAACAAAGCAAUCACCCAGUUACUACAAGCGAUGUAAUAGAAGGAGCAAAAAGCGUACCAAAGCAGCUUCCAGGGUUAUUAAGCGCAGCAAUGAUCGGAGCCUUGUAUCACACACUGAGGAGUGACGAUCCAGCAGCUGCAGUCCCCAUCCUGCGAGCCAUGUCCACGGAGACGCCGUCGCCAGCGAGCCAGCGGCGACGGCAGUGCGCGGCAGCAGUGGCAGCCGCGGCCGCUGCUUGCCUCGCGCCUCUGGUCGUGUUCCUGGCGGUGCUCGUCCUCGUGCCGUCCCUUAUCCCGCGGCUGCUCCUCCGGCCGCACCACGUCGUCCCCUACGUCGCGUCCAGCGAGCUCCGCGCCCUGGCCUUCGACGCCGCGGCCUCAGCCGUCACGUACAACCUCUCCGCCGUGCUGCGGUUCGACGGCCCGCCGAACCUGUACGCGCGCCGGUACACGGGGAUCAGGGCCGCGCCGUUCUACGCCGGGCAGGAGCUCGGUGCCGCCGUGGCGCUGCCGGGGUUCACGCAGCGCAGCGGUGGAGGCAACGCGCUACCGGUAGCGUGGGCCGGCGUGCAACGCGUGCCGCCUGGCCGGCGCGCUCGCGCCGUGGCCGCGGCGCUCGCUCGGGAGCGUGCCGAGGGGUGGAUCAGCGUCAAGGUCGCCGUGCGCGCCGCGCAGGACGGCGCGGAGAGCGACUUCGCGUGCGUGCUGAGCUUUCCGGUGCCUCACAAGCGCGACGGUGGUGGCGCUGGCAAUGGCGCCGCCCCAGGGGUGUUCGAUGGCGGCAGUUGCAUUGACGCCGUACGCACCGAGUUCUAG